AGUUGGGAGGCUGCCUCGCGGAUGCGGCUUGCGCGCGCCUGCUGCGCUCCUCCAGAGGGCUUUGGAAACCGCGCGCUGGACGGAUUUGCAAGCGAGGAGAAGCCGUGAAUGCUGGCUCGAGCGCGGUGAAAAUCAGUACCCACCUUGGAGAGACCCCAUGCAUUAACUAUGUCUAGGAGGAAAUCAGAGAACAAAAGCAUCCCAGACUUGUUGCUUAUAUCUCCUCAGACACAAAUAAAGGCAGAUAAUUUUCACAAUUUCUAUGAAGUUGAACCCAAAGAAUUGGGAAGAGGAAGAUCUGCUGUGGUUAGAAAAUGUAUUGCGAAAGCUACAGGCCAGGAAUAUGCAGCUAAGUUUCUAAAAAAGAGGAGAAGAGGCCAAGACUGCAAAGCAGAAAUCCUACAUGAAAUUGCUGUUCUAGAACUAACAAAACCAAGUCCCCGAGUAGUAAAUCUCCACGAAGUCUAUGAAACAACAAAUGAAAUCAUCUUAGUUUUGGAAUAUGCAGCUGGAGGAGAAAUCUUUAAUCUAUGUCUCCCUGACCUAGAAGAAACCAUAGAUGAAACUGCUAUUGUUAGGCUUAUGCGACAAAUACUCGAAGGUGUUUGCCAUUUGCAUCAAAACAAUAUUGUGCAUCUAGAUUUAAAGCCACAGAAUAUUUUGUUGAAUAGUAUAUGUCCCCUUGGUGAUAUAAAAAUAGUUGACUUUGGUAUGUCUCGGAAGAUUGGAGGUUGUGGUGAACUACGAGAAAUAAUUGGAACACCUGAAUAUCAAGCACCAGAAGUCUUAAAUUAUGAUCCUAUUACUACAGCAACAGACAUAUGGAGUGUAGGUGUAAUCUCAUACAUGCUGCUUACACAUGAAUCUCCAUUUGUGGGAGCAGAUAAACAAGAAACAUACCUCAACAUUUCUCAAGUCAAUGUGGAUUAUUCAGAAGAAACAUUUGCUUCUGUUUCAUCAUUGGCCAGAGAUUUCAUCCAAAAACUCCUUGUUAAAAAUCCUGAAGAGCGACCAACAGCAGAGGCCUGUCUGUCUCACUCUUGGUUUAGGCAAGGAGAAUUCUUAUUGUGGUAUAGCCCUGAAGAAAACCCCAGUUCUUCUCCAGCAUACGAUCAUAUGAAUAAGUGCAUAGAAGAGAGAAAUAAUAACAGGCCCAUGUCUAAUGGAAUGUGCAGUGAGCGAGAAGAUAAAGAGAAUAUUCCAGAAGACAGCAGUACAGUCUCCAAACGAUUCCGCUUUGAUGAUUCCUUGCAAUAUUCUCAAGAACUCGCAACAGACUUUAUAUGUUAACAAAUGCACUCCUGCAGGUUAUCUUGAAUUGUAUUUCUGAUUCUAAGUUAAUCUGGUGGCACGUGGUUUAAGAUUAUAGCUUGGCCACAACUGCGUUGUUGUUAUCCUGGAAAUGCACUUUCAGUUGAUCUGGUUUGGGCCCUUCUUUGUGCUGCCAUUGCUGGCAAUGGGUGUGACCCCCUGGGAGACUGGAGUCUUGGCACCUGAAGUGGCUUGUCUUUGGAGGCAAACAGGUAACUGAGUACAUUUGCACUUUCUACAUGUAAGUUCAAAACAUGGCAUUUUGGGCUGAUCCCUGAUAAUGUAGGCAAGCUGGGAAGAAGAGUUGCAAGUUAGCAACACAGCCAAGUUCUAAGCCAAAGAGUGAUCUAAUAAUACAUGUGUAACUGAAACUACAUGAACUUGGCAGAGUGAAGACAUGAUUCCUUUUGUUCAGUCCUAGAAGUACAGUCUCAUGCUGUCGUCGUUUGAUGAAAAAAUUCAAAUUGGUGACUUAUUAGUAUGUAGUAUGCUCCAGUAAGCCUUUCAAGCCUAUUUUCUUAGUUGGAAUAGUCACUGGGGCUGAAGUGCUUGGACUGGGUUCCUGUUUAGCUGCCUAGUUUUUUGCAUGUUUACUCAGAAGGGCCUUAUCCCCAUUUAUAGGAGAGUGAGUUUUCAGCUGUGGAACAGUUCCCAUGUGGGACAUAAAUCGGUGUUUGCAUUCAUUUUUUCUGUUAUGCAGAUAAUUUUUGGAUUGAAUGGAAUGCAUACUUAGUUUUGAAACCUUCCAUUUCUUGUUCACAUAAAUAAGAUGGAAGAGAUUGAAAGAUACUUCUGGUGCCAAAAAAAAAGCUGUAUUUUCUCUUAGGAAGUAAUGUUUUGUCCAUGCCCAAUACCAUGCCAUAUGGAGAGGAUAACCUGUGUAAUAUUAUGGACUUAGCAAAUUAAUUAUUGUGUGGUUUAAAUUUGAAAAUGAGAUCUUCCAAAACAAUGUGCAGGGUCAGGUAAUGGUUUUAAAUUACCUUCUCCAGAUGAAGUUGAUUUCAUCAAAUUAUUCUUCCAAAUUAUAAUUAUUUCUGUGCUAUUGUAAAUUGAAACUGCUUAUCCAACAAAAAGGUGGUAGUAAUAGCACAAUCCUAUUUCUGUGAACAUAGAAGUAAAUUCCAGUUUGUUCAUGGAUUUUACUUCCAAGGAAGUGGUGCAAAAAGUUGCUGAUUGAAAUAAUGUAAUGGGAAUAUGAAUAUUUCAUUAGUAUUCAUUAGUAUAAAUAAAGCAAAGAAAAACAGAGAAAAAAGGAUCAGUCUUUGUGGCAUUGAACUUCUGAUUAAUUCACAGCCUUACGUUAAUGCCCAGUCCUGAGAUGUGCUGUGUUAGGGGUUAGAUUAGGGUUUGCUCUCAGUUUGCCAGUCUCAUCUUACAAAUAGCAAGAUGAACCGGGAUGAAGCAGAAGGGAGGAAAAUGGUGCAAUUUCAAGACCACAGUCUGACAUUAAUGCAGAAUUUCAAUAUUGAAAGCCAUAUUUUCUUCUGAUUCUCAGUCAAAAGCCAAUAUGGAAAGCACAGGUUCCCCCACCCCAUCAAACAAUCUAAUUUGAUUUUUAAAAUUGGUACUAUUAGGCAUUCUAAAAAAAGGAUCAUAAUGGAUUAAUCUAUUUUUAGUAAGGGAGAAUGAUUACAAGUGAAAGAGCAUGCCACAAUAAUGGUUAUUAUAGCACUUUAUAAAAAAAAAGUAUAUGAUACAAGAAAUGUUUCUAUUGUGGUAUAUUUUUUUUUAAGUUUACAUUUCCAAUCUUAAAUCUUUUUAAUAUUUUGAAUACAUAGGUUUUUGUCUCUAGUUGACAGAGCUAUCGAGAUUUUAUAUACACUUGUAUAUGUAUGUAAAUUUGGGGUGUCCCUUGAAUCUGACAGUUCUAAAUUUUGAAUAUCUCUAAUUUUGUAAGUUUUCUAGUUUAUGCGUACAUUUGUAUAUAAUUUUAUUGGAAUUAUAAUUGUUCUCUGAA